UAGCCUCCGGCAAAUAUUCAUUUCUAAAGAGGCCCUCUUCUACUCGAAACACCCGAGACCACCCAGCUUUGGAACUCUUUCCUCAACCACUCACUUCUUAUGACCCUCAGAAUAAGCUGAAGGCCCCUUCCCCCUUCCCCUCCCUGGGCGGUGGUCAUCAGUUUCCUCUGGCCAGUCGCCCAUCCCAGAUAGCCUUGUUUGUGAAGGACUUACUUUCCAGGAGAGGCCUGUGUAUAGAUAAUUUUCUAUCCUCUCCACCCGCGAGGUAGACUUGCUACCUCUUGGGCCUGUUUACCAGUGCUGUAACUAGGUGCGACCUGUUGAUUGCUGGGUGUAGGCCCUGUGACUAGGAUUUGGGUUGAAGGGAGACAGAGACUUUGAGCUUGCCUCUGUCCUUCCAGGACCCCCAAGCAGAAGCCAUGUCUGCUUGCGGGUUUGCUUUCCCCACUCCUGACCGCUUUGCGGUGUCUGCGGAGGCAGAGGACAAGGUUCGACAGCAGCAGGCGCGCUUGGAGCGUGUCUUCGGCGUGAGAGUGAGCAUCCUCCCCAAAGACUGCCCCGAGAACCCGCACAUUUGGCUGCAGCUUGAGGGCCCCAAGGAGAACGUCUGCAGAGCCAAGGAAUACCUGAAAGGGCUCUGUAGCCCAGAACUGCAGAGUGAAAUCCACUACCCACCCAGACUGCACUGCAUCUUUCUGGGAGCCCAAGGUUUCUUCCUUGACUGCCUGGCUUGGAGCACAUCUGCCCACCUGGUGCCCCUGGUUCCUGGCUCUCUGAUGAUCAGUGGCCUAACUGAGGCGUUUGUGAUGGCUCAGAGCCGGGUGGAGGAGUUAGUGCAGCGGCUGAGCUGGGAACUUCAGCUCCAGUCUUGCCGGGGAGCCUCUGACAAUGCUGGAGUGCUGAGAGACUUCUCUGGCCUGCUGCAGACUAGGGAGGAUGCCUACACAGAGGCCCUGCUGCAGCUGCCCCUGGCCGUCCAGGAGGAGCUCCUAAGUCUGGUACAGGAGGCAUCCAGAGGGCAGGGGCCACAGGCAUUGCCCUCUCGUGAGCGGGGGAGCCCAGGCCUGUUGAGUGCUCAGUUUCAGGGAGGCAGGGCUACUUUGAAUAAAGGCUGGGAGUCCCUGGGCACUGGAGUGGUGGAGUGGGGAGACUCAAGGGCAGCAGGAGAAAACCAUAUUGUGGAGGAGAAGGGAAAGAAACAGGAUGGGGUCAGGGAGAAGAAUUCAGGGCCGAAGGCACCCUGUGGGGACGAGGGCUGGGAGAGAGGAGUGGCUUUUAGGUCACAGCUAGCAAGUGGAGGAGCAGAAGAGGUGGCCUCCCUGAGAGGAAAGGCCUUGGGGAAACACGAGGCUCCUCAGCAAAGAGGAGGGUUUAGUGUUCCAGGCGAGCCUGCUGCUGCCCAUGUGCCCUGUCAGAGGGCCGCUCAAACCCGGGGAGCCUCUCUCCUCCAGCGGCUCCAUAAUGGGGCCACCUCACCUCCAAGAGUGCCUAGCCCUCCCCCUGCGCCAGAACCCCCAUGGCCCUGUGGAGACCGAGAUCGGGGAGACAGGGCAGACAAGCAGCAGGCUGGGGCUCGAGGUCGGGGGUCUCCAUGGAAACGAGGCUCUCGUGGGGGCAACUUGGUGACUGGCACACAGCGUUUCCAGGAAGCCUUACAGGAUCCUUUCACCCUGUGCCUUGCCAAUGUGCCUGGCCAGCCAGAUCUCCGCCAUAUUGUCAUUGAUGGCAGCAACGUGGCCAUGGUGCAUGGCCUCCAGCACUACUUUUCAAGUCGCGGCAUUGCUCUUGCUGUACAGUACUUUUGGGAUCGGGGGCACCGGGAUAUAACCGUCUUUGUGCCUCAGUGGCGCUUCCGCAAGGAUUCCAAGGUCAGAGAGAGUCACUUCCUGCAGAAGCUGUACUCCCUGAGUCUGCUCUCCCUGACACCCUCACGCGUCAUGGAUGGCAAGAGGAUUUCUUCUUAUGAUGACAGGUUCAUGGUAAAGCUGGCGGAAGAGACCGAUGGGAUCAUUGUCUCCAAUGACCAGUUCCGGGAUCUGGCAGAGGAGUCUGACAAGUGGAUGGCAAUCAUCAGAGAGCGCCUGCUGCCCUUCACCUUUGUGGGGAACCUCUUCAUGGUCCCAGAUGACCCACUGGGGCGAAAUGGCCCCACCCUGGAUGAGUUCCUGAAGAAGCCGGUCAGGAAACAGGGCUCUUGUAAGACUCAGCAGCCCUCCAAAGGCCCCACAGAACAGGGCAAUCCGCAGCCGGGGAAGGAAGAGGAGAGGGCCAGUGGCGGCAUUCGGAAGAGCCGGGAGACAGAGCGGCUCCGGCGCCAGCUCCUGGAAGUGUUUUGCGGUCAGGACCACAAGGUGGACUUCAUCCUGCAGCGGGAACCGUACUGCCGGGAUAUCAAUCAGCUUUCCGAGGCCCUGCUGAGUCUCAACUUCUGAGCCCUACUUGCCUGCAUCGCUGCUGCCCUGGUAGAGUGCCUCCCUUAGCCCCGCCCCUUCUGUUACAGUCCUGCUGCUGCUCAGACUGACUCAGGCUCACUGGUAGAUGGUGCUUUGGCUCCAGGAAGCACCAGGGAAGAGGAUCUGAGUGUAGGGAUACUCUUGCCUGGGGUACUUUGAGGAUAGGGGGCCAUAAAGUGACUCAACCUGACGGAGGACCGCAACCAG